AUGCCUGUACCAAAAUUAGCUAAAUCCAAAAAACAUGUUGCAACCGCUAAGGAAAUCAAGGAGGAGCAAGUCGAUUCCUUAGUGCAAGAGCUGCUGAGCGGCAACAAAAAACUAACCAAGGCACAACAACACAAAAAACGUGAGUUGGAAGCUUAUUUGGUGCAGAAGCUGCAGCAAUACGAUGAAGAGAGCGAAGACACAGAAAGCACUGAAUCAUCAGGCACUGAAGAUUCUGAAUCUGAUAGCGAAUCGGAAAGCAGUUGCGAUUGCGAGGACUGCUCUGGAUCUGACAGUGAGAAUGAUAGCGCAACAGAUAGCUCAGACGAGUCGGAAUCUGACAGCGACGCGGACUCUGACUCGGACUCUGAAUCUGGUAGUUCUGAUGAUGAUACAGGAUCCAGCAGUGAUGAUAGUUGCAGCGAUUCGGAUAGCGAGUGUAAUUGUAGCAAGCGCUCCGAUCAGUUCACUGAUGAAUAUACCAUAAACAGCUAUAGUGAUGAAUCUGAUUAUUCCUAA